GCGGAAAAAGAACUUUUCGUUUUACACGACGCAACUCGAGCAGCUACACGGCUGUAUUUCCUGUCUACGCUACGCUUGCGUCUCACGCCGUAGUGGUAGUUGACGCAUACAGCAGGAGAAGAGAAAGCCCCCAACGCAUUCUUCUUGGCUUGCUGUGCUGCUAAGUGUGGGAGAAAUUGCCUUGGUGUCUGAGCGAUCAGGCGAUGCUAUCGUGUGCGGUGGUUGGGUGCGGCCCGGCGGGCAUGGCGGCGUGUACGGCGCUGCGCCAGAGUGGUCUCUUAGUCACCUGCUUCGACAUCGCCCCUGCACCGGGCGGUAUUUGGAGCAGCAACGCACGCGACGUCUUCUCCAGCCGCGGCGCCGUCUCCCCCAUUUAUCCGUCGAUGCGCUGCGUCCUGCCGAAGGAGCUGAUGUGCUUCAGCGACGUGCACUUCGACUUCACCGUGCCGCAGUUCCCCCAUCACACGGCGGUGCAGCACUACAUGCUGCAGUGCGCCUCUCAGAAGGGCGUGCGCGGGCUUACCCGCUUCAACACGAAGGUCGAAUCGGCGCGCUUCGAUCCGGUCGACCGGCUGUGGAAAAUUAUUUCGGUCAACGUGCUGAAUGGCGAUGUGAUGGAGUGGGCCUUUGACAAGGUCUGCGUGUGCACCGGGCAGACGCAGGAGGUGCGCUUCCCCGCCGGCCUGCGGGAGACUCUGGAGAGCUACGUGCGGGAGGGCGGGGAGGUGCACCACGCCGCACACGUGAAGGACUUCCGCUCCUUCCGCGGCAAACGCGUCGUCGUCGUCGGCGAUGGCGUCUCCGCCUACGACUACUGCAUGGAGCUGAAGCGCAUGGGAGCAACGGUGACGCACAGCACGAUGAUGCGGGGCGAUGCCGCAGCCACUGCUGUGGAGGCGGAGGGCGGUGGCUCCGAUCGCGGCGGUCCGUCCUUGACAUCGUCGCUGUGGAAGGAUGCCGCCCCUCAAACGGAUGCGAGGAGGGCAAAAGAGGUGUCCGAUGUGCGCGUGGCGACAGACGCAGCGACGCGCCUCGCAACUUUCAUGGCUCGCCUGCCGUGGUUGCGCAACGACGUGCACGCAGCGAACGAUGCGGUGCGCAAGUGGCUGCGGUACCGCAACACGCGUUUGGAGUCCAUCCCGACCGUUGGCCUCCCGAUGGGGAGUGAGGGGCGGGGCAUUCGCUUCCACGACGACCCGUCGCGAAGACAGAGUACGGAGGAAGUGGUGGCGGAGGCGAAGGCACGCGCCCAGCUCCGCAGUGGCCGGUCUUUUCCGUCCCCUUCUUCUGCUGCCCCUUCCGGUACUUUUAUGGAUCAGGUGGACGCCGUCAUCUGCGCAACGGGCUACACGCGGCGCUAUCCGUUUCUGCACCCGGACAUCCGCCGCGUGCUGGAGGCGGAAGGCCAGCCGCUGCUGACGUCCUCCGAUCCCGCCGAUACGGCGGCGGAGACGAGCAGCAGAGGCGCCGCUGGCCGCCACGGUUUGUAUCUCGGCGCGCUGUGGACCUCCGAGCCGUCACUGGCGAUCGUAGGGCAUCAGAAGGAGCUGCUGCCACCCUUCCUGCUGUUUGAAGCACAAUCGCGGUUUGUUGCCUACGCCUUCACCCAGCGUUUAUUGCUGCCGGACAGCGCAGCGGCCAUGCAGGCGAAGGAAGCGGAGCUGACGACGGAAAACCCACUCUUGAAGGACCUGUGCAAUCCGGACGGUCUCGGUCUGCACUCCGCCGUUUACUUCAACGUUCUCCAACAAGAGUUGGGCGUCAGCUCGCGAGACACGUACACCGCAAAAAUAAUGCAGCGUCAGCGGUGGCUGCUGUCCUCCACGCUGGUCUGCAUCUACCACAAAUUCCGUUCCAUGGCACCGCUCAAGCGCAAGCAGCAGCACCUGCUCUUCAGCAACAAGGUGUGA